AUGGCGUCCAAGCACCAUGUUUUCUGCAUUCCAUUUCCAGGCGCCGGUCAUGGCGUCAACAUGAUGAAUAUCGCCCUGGCCCUGGCGUCACCAACAGUCACUGUCCAUACACUGGUCCACUCGAUCAAGCAAUCCGGCUCAUGGAUUGCCGCUACAGGUCAAGCUCCAAAUCAGUACAUGCACCUCGAGGUCAUCGGCGAUGGCAAAUGGGAGGAUUGGCAUCCACCUGGAGCACGAGAGCUCGUUCAAACCAUCAUGAGCGACGAGUACACUGCGAGCAACGAAGCAAAGGUGGCAGAGAUCCUUACCAGAUCAGCGGACUCGCGGGGAGUUGCACUCAUCUUCAAUGGCUUGAUGGGAAAGCUUCUCGGAGUGGCUGAACGCUACAGCAUGAAGACUUUCCUCCUCAAUCCGACUGCUUACUACAUGGGCCGCCUAGGCUCGUGCCACCGCGAAGGUGCUUCUCUGACCGAGAAGUAUGCGUUGCGAGGUAUCGGUGGAAGCACUAAGCCUGUGCAAGCCGAGCUGGGGGACGUGCUGGAUCUCACGCAGCAGAUGUACUACAUGAUGUUCAAGCCAACUCUGGAUGCAGUGUCAGGUGUCAUCUAUUCCCAGACUAACACUGGUCUCGACGGCGACGACUACCAACAGAAGACUCUCAUCGCUCCAAACAACCUCAACAAAGCAGAGUACAUGGUCGGCCCGCUUUUGCCACCGUGGUUCGAGGAAGCACUCGAGAAUCGAUCCGGCACAGCGGAGAAGCUGGCAGCGGCUUCGCAGGACUAUGAAUGCAUGCGAUUCAUGGACGCCCAGCCUGAAAAAUCUGUCGUUUACGUCGGCACAGGUAGCCACAUCGAGCUCGAAUUCGAACAAGCCAAAGCUAUCAUCGACGCUCUCCGCAAGCAUCACGUCCCAUGGGUCCUGCUAUUCCGCAAUGACACCGACAAAAUGCGUUCUCUCCUCGGCGGCGACUCAAUCACCGAUGGCGUUGUCGCGCCAUGGGUGCCUCAGCUCGAAAUGCUCCUGCACCCUGCACUGAAAUGUGUCUUCUCCCACGGCGGCUUCGGAACCAUGGUGGAAGGCAUUUACGCAGGCCAGUCGUUCAUUACAACCCCUGUAAUGUCAGACCAGUUCAUCGACACGCGUGUCAUGCUGCAUCUGGGCAUUGCGCUUGGCACGAUCGCUGAGAACCGACACGUCUCGGGCAUGGGUCGAGAGAAGCUGACGCCCUUUUGGCCGGCUGACAGUGACAAGAUCCUUGCCGAGUUGUUCGACAGCAUAUUCGACGGAUCAGAGGAAGCGGAGAAAAGGCUGCAGAAUGCUCGCAACGCGUCGCUGGCAUUGAGGAAGCGGAUGAAGGAUGCCAAAGCACGGACGGGUGCCGCAGAACUGCAGAGGUUGAGGCGCGAUAUGGUCAUGGUUGGGAGCUAG